GUAGUAUUUCUACAUCAUAGCAAAAGGACAUUAGUGCAAUGUUGUGGUCAGCUACAGCUAGGCUGAGUGCAAAUCCAUCGCCCUUACAUCUGCCUGUUUUCAACCAGUCUAUUACAGUCCUUGGAAAAUCCAAACCCAGCAGAGUCUGUUGCUCUCCCUCUCGCGCAAUGGAAACCAACGACGACACCUCCAAAGCUAAGGGCUUAAGCUUUGAUGAUUUCCUCAGCAAGAAGCCCUACUCUCCUCCUACUUGGGCCUCCCAUCUCAAACCAAUCCCUUCCCAUGUCUUCUCCCUCGCCCAUCUUCCUACUCCAAUUCACAAGUGGAAUCUGCCUAAUUUGCCCCAAAACACGGAAGUUUGGUUGAAGCGUGACGAUCUUUCAGGUAUGCAAUUGAGCGGUAACAAAGUAAGGAAAUUGGAGUUCUUAUUGGCGGAAGCAGUGGCACAGGGUGCUGAUUGCAUCAUUACAAUCGGCGGCAUCCAAAGCAACCACUGCCGCGCCACCGCUGUCGCUGCUAAGUAUUUGAAUCUAGACUCCUAUCUCAUACUCCGCACCUCUAAGCUUCUUGUUGAUAAAGAUCCCGGAUUGACUGGAAAUCUGCUGGUGGAGCGUUUUAUGGGCGCUCAUAUUCAACUUAUUUCAAAAGAAGAAUAUGCAAAAAUAGGGAGUGUUGCCCUUACUAAUGUUUUGAAAGAACAAUUGUUAAAGGAAGGCCGGAGGCCUUAUGUUAUUCCUGUUGGUGGAUCAAACUCCCUGGGUACCUGGGGAUAUAUUGAGGCAAUGAGGGAAAUUGAGGAGCAACUUCAGAUAAGAAGCAACAGAGUAAAAUUUGACGAUAUUGUUGUAGCAUGUGGCAGUGGUGGUACCAUUGCUGGUCUUUCAUUGGGAUCAUGGCUUGGAGCCUUGAAGGCAAAAGUUCAUGCAUUUUGCGUUUGUGAUGAUCCUGAUUACUUCUAUGACUUUGUUCAAGACUUGAUUGAUGGACUUCAAGCAGGUGUUAAUGCACGUGAUAUUGUCAGCAUUAUAAAUGCUAAAGGACUGGGUUAUGCAAUUAACACUUCUGAGGAGCUUAAAUUUGUGAAGGAAGUUGCUGCUGCAACGGGUGUUGUUCUUGACCCUGUAUACAGUGGGAAAGCUGCUUAUGGGAUGAUGAAAGAUAUGGCUGAGAAUCCAAACAAGUGGGAGGGGAGAAAGGUCCUCUUUGUACACACAGGUGGACUCCUUGGGUUGUUUGACAAGGUUGACCAAAUGGCCCCCUUGGUGGGGAACUGGCAGCGAAUGGAUGUCAAUGAAUCUAUUCCUAGGAAAGAGGGUAUCGGGAAAAUGUUCUAAAGAGAGCAGUGUGACAUCUUACACUGUUCUGUUUAAUAGACACCGGUUGUCCAGAUUGGUGUGUGGCAAAUGUAUGACUACAUACAUACAUACAUCAAGGAACAUCCACUGUAAUUUUUAUGGCACCAAACUUAUUUAUUUUGAAGAUGGGAUUUAAUAUUUCAUUUUCAGAUAUACAAGGAUAUUAAGUUGAAGUGUGGGUGGUAGUCUUUUUCAUGUCUUAUGUAAAUACUGAAAAUCAUCAAUAGAGGCUCUGAUGCAUCUGCUCUA